UUUGGAACAGAGAGAUUUGGUUAAAAAAAUAUAACUUUAAAAUUAGUGAGUAUUCCCCCCAGGUAUUAUGUAUUUGUGUGUGUGUCUCCUGAUUCUUUACAGCUUUAUGCAAUCACAAUCAGAGGAUUUAAUGGUGGUUGGUCCAGAAUCUUCUCUUGUUGCUAUAGCUGGGGAAGACCUCAUCCUGCCCUGCUUUAUCAAACCCAACACCAGUGCUGUGGACAUGACAGUGGAGUGGUUCAAACUAGAUGCAGGCUUCUCUCCAGUGCAUUUUUAUAAUGAUCAUGAAGACAGAAAUGAAAAUCAGGCUCAGACUUACAAAGGAAGAACAUCGCUGUUUAAAGAGGAGCUAAAGAAAGGCAACGCUUCACUCAAACUGUCCGCUGUCCGAGUCUCUGAUGAAGGAGAAUAUAAGUGUCUCAUUGAGGACAAAUCCUGGUCUGAUGAUGUUGUUGUUAGUGUCAUUGUCGAGGUUCGGGGCAGCCACCCAGUGAUCACGAUGGAGAGUUAUGGAAAUUCAGGUGGGAUUAAUCUAGUGUGUGAGUCCAGAGGCUGGAACCCUGAACCUGAGGUUCUGUGGCUGGACAGAGAAGGAGCUCCUCUAACUGCUGAAGAGACACAAAUACACAGAGAGACUGCGGGCUUCAGUGUGAAACGCCGCAUCACUGUUCAUGAUUAUAGCGACACUAACAAAUUCUACUGCAGAUUUCAACAAAUCCAUCACAUGAUGGAGGCAGAGGUCAUCAUUGAUGGUAAAGUCUUUGAUACUUGGAAGCUAGCUGUUGCUGUUUCAGCUUUAGCAUGUCUUUUUACUCUUGGAUGGAUAGUAACUGCAGUUGUUUCUCGAAAGAAAGUACUGCAGCGACGGAGGGUGGAAGAUGCGAUGGGGACAUUUACUGAGCUGCAAAGAGAGAGUGUGAAAGAAGUGUUAGCAAUAUUGAAGAGCCGUGCAGUGGAUGUGACUCUGGAUCCUGAUACAGCUCAUCCCCAACUCAAGGUGUCUGAGAAUAAAAAACAAGUGACAUGUGAAGACACACCACAAGAUCUUGAUACCCCAGAGAGGUUUAAUAAAUGUCUUAUUGUUGCGGGAAAGAGGAGUUUCUCAAAGGCAAUUUAUUAUGAGGUGCAGGUAAGCAGGAAAACUCAGUGGAUAUUAGGAGUCAUGAGAGAAGACAUUAACAGAAAAGGGGACAUUACCGUAACUCCACAGGAUGGAUUCUGGACUAUUGAAAUGAGGAAAGAGAAUGAGUACAGGGCUAAUGCUGGUCGUGAUAAUCGUCCCACGCUGAUAGAGAGACCAGAGAAGGUGGGGGUGUAUGUUAGUUAUAAGAAGGGUCUGGUCUCGUUUUAUGAUGUGGAGGCCAACUCUCACAUCUACUCUUUUUUUAAUCAGUCUUUCGCUGAAAAGAAACUCUAUCCUUGUCUCAGUCCUGGUUUAAAUGACGGAGAAAAAAAUUCAGCACCAUUGAUCAUUGUUAAUAUAUAAAUAUCUGUUUUUCUAUUCUACCCCAUUUUUUGAAACAGGCUAUAAUAUCAAUUUCACUAACCCACUCCCUCUCUAUAACACGUAUCCUGUACAGGGUUGCAGGAAGUCUGAAGCCUACCCCAUGGACUUGGGGCACACCCUGGAAAGGGUGCCAACCCAUCUCAGUGCACACACACUAUGUUUUCGCCACAAGGCUAACCACUACACCACUGUGCUGCCAUAACAUUUCCAUUUAAACAUACACUAGUUUCUGAAAAAGAUGAUUUAAACAAAAAGGACAUAUAUAUAUAUAUACUUCAGUAACACUUAUAUCAGUAUCUGAUGGCAGCAUUUAUGAUCAGGUUAAUGCUGUUAGUCCAUAUCUAGAAAUUCGUGGACGUUAGUCUGAUUACUGGAUUACUUAGUGUUUGUGUGCUGUUUUCAUUAGCAGUGUGUCAGAGCUUCACACACUACAACUGCAAAUUACAUUAAAAUAAUAUUUUAAAAUGAAGUGAUUUAUUUCAGAGAUGCACAACUAUAGUGUAAAAUAGACACUAUGUAAUCCACCUCCAUAGUAACAAAAAUAUGUUAAUAAUUGUGAUGCAAAUAUGUAAAUAUUUUUUUAAAUGUUUUGUA